AUGAAUCGGUCAGUCCCUUUGAACACCGAUGGCCAUCGUCCAGUAUCUAGAGACAGUAAUCUACCUCAAAGCCCAACGGUUGCAGCCUCCGUUGGAAUAAGCAGCGCCGAUGGUCCCCUCUCCCCGACCAUUCAGAUCGAUGGAGACCAUUUGGGUGCUCUCAACCCUAUGGCAACACCUCAGCCCUUUAAUGGUGACCAGCCCAAGGUCUACCUUGAGCUCCGGGAUGGUCAGGUAUUCGAAGGCCUGAGCUUCGGUGCCAACAAAAGCGUUUCUGGAGAACUCGUCUUCCAGACCGGUAUGGUCGGCUACCCAGAGUCUAUCACGGAUCCCUCCUACCGCGGACAGAUCUUAGUCAUUACUUUUCCGUUAGUCGGCAACUAUGGUGUACCCUCGAGAGACACCUUGGAUGAGCUGCUGGGCGAUCUUCCCAAAUACUUCGAAUCCGACCAGAUCCACAUUGGAGGCCUGGUAGUUGCCUCAUAUGCCGGUGAGAGCUAUUCUCAUCACCUGGCUAAAUCUUCUCUCGGCGCCUGGUUGAAGGAACAGGGUGUUCCGGCAAUGUGUGGCGUCGACACCAGAGCUCUGACAAAGAGAAUACGAGAAGAAGGGAGCAUGCUUGGCCGUAUGCUUCAGUCACGACCCUCUCCGAAAUCAAAGCUUUCUAAUGGUAUCAACCCUGGUGGGCUUUCAAAUGGAGACGUAGUGAUGGGCCCGCAAAACUGGCAAGAUCAAGUUGAAGGAGUGGAGUGGCAUGAUCAGAACAAGAGAAAUCUUGUGGCAGAGGUAUCUGUGAAGGAGCCCCGAGUCAUCUCGCCUCCCACUACCCGAGCUCUGCUGCAUCCUUCUGGACGUCCUGUUCGCGUCGUGGUUGUCGAUGUCGGUCUCAAGUACAACCAACUUCGCUGUCUCUUAUCUCGAGGGGUUGAGGCUCUGGUGGUGCCAUGGGAUUAUGACUUUCCGGCUCUUGCUGGAAAAGAUUACGAUGGAUUGUUUAUCUCCAACGGCCCCGGAGAUCCCGCAAUGCUCUCAACAACUAUCAAGCACAUCUCAGAGGCUUUGAAGGAAGCCCGAACCCCCAUUUUUGGCAUCUGUCUUGGUCACCAAUUACUUGCUCGCGCAGCUGGUGCUGAGACGUUGAAGAUGAAGUUUGGUAAUCGUGGCCACAACAUCCCCUGCACAAACCUAUUGUCUGGACGAUGCUACAUUACUUCACAGAACCACGGAUUCGCCGUCGACUCCAUGACCCUCCCUGAAGGGUGGGAAGAAUUAUUUGUGAACGCAAAUGAUAGCAGCAAUGAAGGCAUCCGACAUGUAUCUCGACCAUACUUUAGCGUGCAGUUUCACCCUGAGUCUACGCCUGGACCCCGAGACACCGAAUUCCUGUUUGAUGUCUUCAUUGAUGCAAUCAUGAAGAGUCUUGAAUCUGUUGAUUAUCUAUUCCGCCCCGUAUCCUUCCCAGGUGGAACGAUUGAGGAGAACGACCGAGCACAUCCUCGUGUUACGGUGAAGAAAGUCCUUGUCCUCGGAAGCGGUGGUCUAAGCAUCGGCCAAGCGGGAGAAUUCGAUUAUUCCGGCAGUCAAGCAAUCAAAGCUCUCAAGGAGGAAGGAAUCUACACCGUCUUGAUCAAUCCGAACAUUGCCACUAUACAAACUUCCAAAGGUCUUGCUGACAAGGUGUACUUUUUGCCUGUCAACGCAGACUUUGUUCGCAAAGUCAUCAAGUAUGAGAGGCCGGACGGAAUUUACUGCACGUUUGGUGGCCAGACAGCUCUACAAGUUGGUAUUCAACUCAAGGACGAGUUUGCAGCUCUCGGGGUACAAGUCCUGGGGACCCCAAUCGAUACUAUCAUCACCACAGAAGACCGUGAGCUUUUCGCCAGAAGCAUGGAGUCAAUUGGAGAGAAAUGUGCCAAAUCAGCGUCCGCUUCCAGUCUGGAAGAGGCAAUGCGAGUCGUCCAAGAUAUUGGAUUUCCUGUGAUUGUCAGAGCUGCAUACGCACUGGGGGGACUUGGCAGUGGAUUUGCUGAGGAUCCGAGCCAGCUGCGCGAGUUAUGCACCAAAGCAUUCGCCGCAAGUCCGCAAGUGCUCAUCGAGCGGAGCAUGAAAGGCUGGAAAGAGAUCGAAUACGAGGUCGUGCGUGACGCCCGCGACAAUUGCAUAACAGUCUGCAACAUGGAGAAUUUUGAUCCCCUGGGGAUCCAUACAGGGGACUCGAUCGUCGUUGCCCCUUCACAAACUCUUUCGGAUGAAGAUUACAACAUGCUACGAACCACAGCUGUCAAUGUGAUUCGCCAUCUGGGUGUCGUGGGAGAGUGUAAUAUCCAGUACGCUCUCAACCCUUUUUCCAAGGAGUAUUGCAUUAUAGAGGUGAACGCUCGAUUGUCUCGAUCUUCAGCUCUGGCCUCGAAAGCAACAGGAUAUCCGCUGGCAUUUAUUGCCGCCAAACUCGGACUGGGGAUCCCGCUGAACGAAAUAUCCAAUUCAGUCACGAAAAAGACAUGUGCCUGCUUCGAACCCUCGCUCGACUACGUUGUCGUCAAAAUCCCCCGCUGGGACUUGAAGAAAUUCACCAGAGUAUCUACACAACUCGGUUCUUCAAUGAAGAGUGUCGGUGAAGUCAUGUCUAUCGGCCGGACGUUUGAAGAAGCCAUUCAAAAAGCCAUUCGCUCUGUCGAUGUCCACAAUCUUGGGUUCUCGGACAUCUCCAACCCUCUAAUGUCAGUCGACGAUGAAUUGCAGACGCCGUCAGACCAAAGAAUGUUUGCGAUCGCCAAUGCCAUGCACGCGGGGUAUUCUGUGGACAAGAUCUGGGAAAUGACCAAGAUUGACAAAUGGUUCCUUUCUCGACUCAAAGGUCUAAGCGAUUUCGCCAAACUCAUGUCCACCUUCACAGCGAGUAGCAUUCCUCCGGCAAUGAUUCGGCAAGCCAAACAACUUGGAUUCUCGGACAGGCAGCUAGCUCGAUACUGGAACUCGAACGAACUGGCAGUGAGACGUCUACGAGCUGAGGCGGGCAUCCAUCCCUUUGUGAAGCAGAUCGAUACAGUUGCAGCCGAGUUCCCCGCCGUUACCAAUUAUCUAUAUCUGACCUACAAUGGUACGGAGCACGACAUCACAUUCACCGACCACGGAGUAAUGGUCCUCGGGUCUGGUGUCUAUCGGAUUGGGUCAUCGGUGGAAUUCGAUUGGUGCUCAGUCAGAGCUAUCCGCACUCUUCGAAAACAAAACUUCAAAACGAUCAUGGUCAAUCCCACUCUGGUUUCUAUUCUUUCGCAUUGUUAUUCAGUACUUCAACGGCCCCUGCUAACUCCCGAAUGGAUCAAUCCCGAGACGGUCAGCACCGAUUUCGAUGAAGCCGACAGGCUAUAUUUCGAGAACAUCGACUUAGAGACCGUUCUGGACAUUUAUCAGCUGGAAUCGGCCAGUGGUGUCAUCAUCUCGAUGGGUGGACAGACGCCCAACAAUAUCGCCUUGCCUUUGCAUCGAUUGAAUGUAAAGAUUCUGGGAACAUCCCCGGAGAUGAUCGAUUCAGCCGAAAAUAGGUACAAGUUCUCGCGGAUGUUGGACAGAAUCAAGGUGGACCAACCGUCAUGGAAAGAGCUUACAAGCAUCGAGGAUGCGCUGCAGUUCUGUGAGAAGGUCCAGUAUCCCGUGCUCGUGCGGCCAUCCUAUGUUCUAUCAGGAGCAGCAAUGAAUACUGUGUAUUCCAAGGACGAUCUCGCCAGCUAUCUCAACCAAGCCGUUGCCGUAUCCAGAGAACAUCCCGUUGUGAUUACGAAGUACAUCGAGAAUGCCAAAGAGAUUGAAAUGGAUGCCGUCGCGAAAGACGGUGUCAUGACAGGGCAUUUCAUCUCCGAACAUGUCGAAAAUGCCGGUGUUCACUCAGGAGACGCCACUCUCAUAUGCCCGCCACAAGACCUUGAGCCAGAGACCAUUGCUCGUAUUGAGGAAGCAACCCGCAAGAUCGGGAAUGCUCUCAAUGUUACGGGGCCAUUCAACAUCCAGUUCAUUGCCAAAGACAACGAAAUCAAGGUCAUCGAGUGUAACGUACGAGCCUCGAGGUCCUUCCCCUUUGUCUCAAAAGUUAUGGGUGUGGAUCUCAUCGAGAUGGCGACCAACGUCAUGAUGGACAAACCUGUGACUCCAUAUCCGCUCAUCAAUCUGCCUCCCGAUUAUGUCGGCGUCAAGGCGCCUCAAUUCUCGUUCUCUCGUCUGUCUGGAGCAGACCCUGUGUUGGGCGUCGAGAUGGCGUCGACGGGAGAAGUUGCUUGCUUUGGACGAGAUCGAUACGAAGCCUACCUCAAGGCAACCAUUUCGACUGGUUUCAAAUUACCCGAGAAGAACAUCCUCCUCUCGAUUGGGUCUUACAAAGACAAGCAGGAAAUGCUGCCCUCGGUCCAGAAGUUACAUUAUUUGGGAUACAAUAUAUUUGCAACGUCUGGGACGGCUGACUUCCUCGAGGAGCACGGCAUCAAAGUCAAAUACCUGGAAGUUCUUGCUGGAGACGACAAAGACCAGAAGUCGGAGUAUUCGCUGACCCAGCACCUGGCCAGUAACAGGAUUGAUCUCUACAUCAAUCUACCCUCCAACAAUAGGUUUAGGAGGCCUGCCAACUACAUGAGCAAAGGCUAUCGGACCCGAAGGAUGGCUGUCGACUAUCAAACUCCCUUGAUCACCAACGUCAAAGUUGCUAAGAUCCUUAUCGAAGCACUGGCCAGGCAUUAUGAUCUGAACAUCCGGAAUAUCGAUUUUCAAACGAGUCAUCGGACCGUGGUUCUUCCAGGGUUGGUCAACGUGGCCGCCUUUGUACCCGGUAUUGCUCAGAGGGGAUCUUCGGAUUUCUCCCUUGUUACCAAGGCGUCCAUUACAGCAGGCUUCAGCAUGGUCCGGGUCAUGCCUGUCGGUAUUGAUAGCGCUGUCACUGACGCUCGCUCUCUGAAAGUCGCACAGUACAAUGCUCAAAGUGGCGCAUUCUGCGACUUCAACUUGUCCGUAGCGGCCACCGAUUCCAAUUCUGAACAGAUCGUCCAUGUCAAGGAAGAGGUUGGAUCACUCUUCAUUCCAUUCAACCAUCUCUCUUCUGGCAACAUCAACAAAGUUGCGACUGUGACAGCACAUUUUGGAACUUGGCCAUCAUACAAACCCAUUGUGACUGAUGCCAAAACUACCGAUCUAGCAUCAAUCCUCUUGCUGGCCAGUCUACAUGACCGAAAAGUCCACGUGCACAAUGUCACCUCCCGGGACGAUAUUAGCUUGAUUGCCCUUUCCAAGGAGAAAGGGUUGAAGGUCACUUGCGAUGUGUCAAUCUACAGCCUCUUCUUGUCGCAGUCAGACUUUCCCGAAUGUUCAGCGCUUCCAACGGCUGCCGAUCAGCGAGCUCUGUGGGAUUAUCUGCCAACAAUUGAUGUGUUCUCGAUUGGUAGCCUACCAUACCAGAUUGCCGGCGAUAAUGCAGUGCCCACUGUGGGAAUUGCUGAUGCUCUUCCCCUACUCCUUACGGCGGUCUCUGAAGGUAGAAUGACCGUGGAGGAUGUCACCACACGUCUGCACGACAACCCAACGGCGAUCUUUGAGCUUCAUGACCAGCCUUCGACGUCUGUCGAAAUUGACAUUGACCGCCCCUAUGUGCUGCAAGCUGGCGAGGUGUGGUCGCCGUUUGUCGGAAGGACUUUGCGGGGUGCAGUAUCCAGAGUCAUUUUCCAGGGCAAGACCACUUGCCUCGACGGUGAAGCACUCUUGGAUGAUCCUCGAGGUUCCGACAUGUCUUCACACCUGCUCCAUCCUCUGUCGACAUUGGGAGGCCCAGGAUCUCCAGUCAUUCAAGCACAAGCGGAGAGUCUAAGCGACAGACGCGUCUCAAUGAGCACCAGGAGUAGGCCGAUUGUCCGUGCUCGCCCCAUGGAAGAACUCUUAGAGACCACCACUCCGGUCCUUCCAACCGCAGCGUUGUACCAACCUCAACCUCCCUCCACUAUUUCACCGUCUCUACUCUCUCUUCUUGCUUCGUCACCCUUUAAAAAUCGCCAUGUUCUGUCGGUCAAUCAAUACAAUCGUCAAGAUCUACACAUUCUGUUCACCGUGGCACAGGAAAUGCGCCUGGGUGUGCAACGACAAGGCAUCCUUCCCAUUUUGCAAUCUCGCGUUCUUUGCACCAUGUUCUAUGAACCCAGCACCCGUACAUCGUCGUCCUUUGAUGCUGCCAUGCAACGGCUAGGAGGGCGCACGAUUGCGAUCAAUACCGAUCACUCGAGUACUCAGAAGGGAGAGACCCUACAGGACAGUAUCCGGACGCUGGGCUGCUAUGGCGACGCUGUAGUACUCCGUCAUCCGGACGAAGAGUCGGCUGCUACCGCAGCCAAGUUUUCUCCGGUACCUAUCAUCAAUGGCGGAAAUGGGAGUCGCGAACACCCUACCCAGGCUUUCCUCGAUCUCUUCACUAUCCGUGAAGAGUUGGGUACUGUCACUGGCCUCACGGUCACGUUCACGGGCGAUCUCAAGUACGGACGUACGGUUCAUUCCCUCGUCAAGCUUCUCCAGUACUAUGAAGUGCGCAUCAACCUCGUGUCACCGAGAGCACUUGCCUUGCCAUCCGAUGUACGCGAUCUCAUUGUGUCCUCGGGUCAAUUGGCCAUUGAAUCCGAAACGCUCACCCCUGAGAUCGUUGCCAAAAGCGAUGUUCUGUACUGCACGCGUGUUCAAAAGGAGAGGUUCCCCUCACUCGACGAAUACGAGAGAUUGAAGGAUAGUCUGAUUGUGGACAACUCUGUUCUGAAAUAUGCGAAGCAGAGCAUGAUUGUCAUGCACCCGUUGCCGAGAAACAGGGAGAUCAGCGAGGAAGUCGACUUUGAUCAACGAGCAGCUUAUUUCAGACAGAUGCGGUAUGGGCUGUACACGAGAAUGGCGCUGUUGGCACUUGUGCUAGCGCAUUAA